CGGUCACACUGCACUGCACGCAUCGUCGUCCAUUUUUGUUAAGAAUCUGACCGAAAAAUUGUUAACUUAAGAGAAAUUUCACAAUAAACCAAACAUUUAACGACAGUGCAUUUCAGUGGCCUUUGAAAUACUGCUCAAAUAACUAGCAAGCAAUAACUAAAACAUAUAAAUUACUUAUACGACUUAACAGCAAUCUGAAUCAUUUGUGCGUGCGUAUGCGCCAGCGGAGUAUUAGUACAAUACAAUAAAAAAGUAAAUAAAGCGCGUGUGAAGUGGUGCAGAAACUCGACGGAAAUCCAUAGUGCAACGCAGAAAAGCCAACUAAAAGAACAACAAUACACGACGCUUGCAACACAGCAGCUGUGCAACACCUGUGGCAAUAAUCAGAAACAAAUUUACCCAGCUACAAAUUUAUCAACUUUUCACCGAGAACCUUAACAAUAGCGAUGGCCUGUGCAACACUGAAGCGCGCCUUAGACUGGGAGUCGAUGAACCAGCGUCCCCCCAAGCGUAGGCGUUGCAAUCCCUUCGGCCAGUCGGGCAGCAGCAGCUCCCCAUCGCGUAUGGACCGUGAUGGACCCACCAUUGCUUCGGGCAUAACGCACACGCCCAGCAAUCGCUAUGCCAAAGACAGCACCGAGCCGAGCCCAUUCUCGGAGGCAGCUCUGGCCAAGAUGUCGCCUGACAAAAUGGCCGAGAAUUUGUGCAACGAAAUCAAAAGACUGCACAAGCGCAAGCAAUUGCCGAUCACAGCGGCUGCCAUUGAGCGCAUGCAGGACUCUGAGUCGAGCGGCUCCGAAAUGGGUCCGGAGAGCCCCCGCCGUCCGGACAGCCCACCGAAUCUGAUGCGUCACGGCGAGAAGGCGCUGUUCACAUUCAAACAGGUGCAGCUCAUAUGCGAGAGCAUGAUCAAGGAGCGCGAGAAUCAACUGCAGGAACGCUACGAGUCAGUGCUGACCACCAAACUGGCCGAGCAGUACGAUGCCUUUGUGAAAUUUACUUACGAUCAGAUACAGCGUCGUUACGAGGCAGCGCCUAGCUACUUGUCGUAAGGCUUUUAAGCCACACAAACAAAACAAAACAAAAAGAGAAGAAAAAGAAAUUAAUAAUUGCACUACGAUCUUAUGUGGACGGUAGAUCUACCGCGACAACAACAACAGCCCUCAUUUAAACUAAAGCAACAAAUAAGGAAAACAAAAACUAAACAAAACAACAAACAAGAAAGAAAGAAACAAAAAACUACCAUAAAAAGAUUUUGUUUAUUGAUAUAUAUUUUGAAAUAUAGAGAGAAGCAGAGUUAUAGUUUACGACUAGAAUUACAUUUAAAUAUUGUAAUACCAACCACAAAACAAAACAAAAAACACAAAUUAUCUGUUGUUACAUUUAUGUUUUGACAAGAAGAAGAAUAUCUAGUGCGAAGGACUAUACAAAAUAGACACAUGCAGACGGAAGAGAAGAGAAGAGAAGAAGGAGAACGAUGAAAUGAAACCUCAAGUAGCUUCGUGCAUAACAGACAGAAUUGGUAAAGCUAGCAUGUAAGGUAUUAUGAUUAUGAACGUAUAUCGGAACUAUAUUGUUUGCGGAGCAAGAAUGAAACUACAACGGCAUGGAGGGAGACUCAUGUAAUACACACACACAAGAAACACGAAAAACCAUUCAUAGUUUAUUUUUGCAUAUUAGUUGUACUAUAAUAUAGUGAAGGAUACAAAAUGAGUGCUCGGGUCUAUCGUUUGUUAAUUGUUUCCUCCAAAAAACCAACUGAAAUGUUUCGAUUUGCUUUAUACUAUAAAUACAACAAAAUAAAAGAGAAGAAACCCAAGCCGGAAAUGGAAAACCGAGAGA